UGUUGUUUUCUUUUUCUACUUGUUGUCGGUUGUUCUUUUGUGUUUGGUGUUUCCGAUCGGUUUUAAUUCUUAUUCUUUUUUCAAGUGUAAACUUCCUUGAGCGGAAGAAGAAAAACGGGAAUAAAUAAUAAAAAAAAAGAAAAUAACACAGGGGCGCUAUAAAUCGCCCGAGGGAAGAAGUUUAUUUUAAAAUCCAUUUGCCAGUGAAAUCAAUUCCAUUGCAAUUGCCGCAAAAGUGUGUAAAAAUAAUACAAGUUAAAUGUGUUAACAGUUAUUCCUGGGAAAAAACGGCGCCGGUUUUUCACAUUCCACACACAACAGUAAAAUCAACAAGCAAUCGCACUAGCUAUCUCUUUCUCUGUGUAAUCCAAUUUGAGGUUUGAGGGUCGCUUUCGCCUUCCCUCACUCGCUCGCCACCGCCCACGCAAUGCCGCUACUCCAGUUAACGCCACUCCUCGCACUCCUGCUGCUACUGCUACUAUCCUGCAGUGUGAGCGAGACGGCAGCGGACUACGAAAACACCUGGAACUUUUACUAUGAGCGUCCUUGUUGCACUGGCAACGAUCAGGGCAACAACCAUGGGAAAUACAGUGCAGAUCAUGUGCGGGAGUUCAACUGCGGCAAGCUGUACUAUCGGACAUUCCAUAUGAACGAGGAUCGGGAUACGCUCUAUGUGGGAGCUAUGGAUCGCGUAUUCCGUGUGAACCUGCAGAACAUCUCCUCGUCCAAUUGUAAUCGGGAUGUGAUCAACUUGGAGCCAACACGCGAUGAUGUGGUUAGCUGCGUUUCCAAAGGCAAAAGUCAGAUCUUCGAUUGCAAGAACCAUGUGCGUGUCAUCCAGUCAAUGGACCAGGGCGAUAGGCUCUAUGUGUGCGGCACCAACGCCCACAAUCCCAAGGAUUAUGUUAUCUAUGCAAAUCUAACUCACCUGCCACGCUCGGAAUAUGUGAUUGGCGUGGGUCUGGGCAUUGCCAAGUGCCCCUACGAUCCCCUCGACAACUCCACGGCGAUUUAUGUGGAGAAUGGCAAUCCGGGUGGUCUGCCCGGCCUGUACUCCGGCACCAAUGCGGAGUUCACCAAGGCGGACACGGUUAUUUUCCGUACUGAUCUGUAUAAUACUUCGGCUAAACGUUUGGAAUAUAAAUUCAAGAGGACUCUGAAAUACGACUCCAAGUGGUUGGACAAACCAAACUUUGUUGGAUCGUUCGACAUUGGAGAGUACGUGUACUUCUUUUUCCGUGAAACAGCCGUGGAAUACAUCAACUGUGGCAAGGCCGUCUAUUCGAGAAUCGCUCGGGUUUGCAAGAAGGACGUUGGUGGAAAGAACCUAUUGGCCCACAAUUGGGCCACCUACCUGAAGGCCCGACUCAACUGCAGCAUCUCCGGCGAAUUUCCGUUCUAUUUCAACGAGAUCCAAUCGGUCUAUCAGCUGCCCUCCGAUAAGAGUCGAUUCUUUGCCACAUUUACGACGAGCACUAAUGGCCUGAUUGGAUCUGCCGUAUGCAGUUUCCACAUUAACGAGAUUCAGGCUGCGUUCAAUGGUAAAUUCAAGGAGCAAUCUUCAUCGAAUUCCGCAUGGCUGCCGGUGCUUAACUCCCGGGUGCCGGAACCACGGCCGGGUACAUGUGUCAACGAUACAUCAAACCUGCCCGAUACCGUCCUGAAUUUCAUCAGAUCCCAUCCACUUAUGGACAAAGCCGUAAAUCACGAGCACAACAAUCCAGUCUAUUAUAAGAGGGAUUUGGUCUUCACCAAGCUCGUCGUUGACAAAAUCCGCAUUGACAUCCUCAAUCAGGAAUACAUUGUCUACUAUGUGGGCACCAAUCUGGGUCGCAUUUACAAAAUCGUUCAGUACUACCGCAACGGGGAGUCGCUGUCCAAGCUGUUGGAUAUAUUUGAGGUGGCACCGAAUGAGGCCAUCCAAGUGAUGGAAAUCAGCCAGACACGUAAGAGCCUCUACAUUGGCACCGAUCAUCGCAUCAAGCAAAUCGACCUGGCCAUGUGCAAUCGCCGUUACGACAACUGCUUCCGCUGCGUCCGUGAUCCCUAUUGCGGUUGGGAUAAGGAGGCCAAUACGUGCCGGCCAUACGAGCUGGAUUUACUGCAGGAUGUGGCCAACGAGACUAGCGACAUCUGUGAUUCAAGUGUUUUGAAAAAGAAGAUUGUGGUGACCUAUGGCCAGAGUGUCCAUUUGGGUUGUUUUGUCAAAAUCCCCGAAGUGCUGAAGAACGAACAGGUGACCUGGUAUCAUCACUCCAAGGACAAGGGACGCUAUGAGAUUCGUUACUCGCCGACCAAAUACAUUGAGACCACUGAACGUGGCCUGGUUGUGGUUUCUGUGAACGAAGCUGAUGGCGGUCGUUACGAUUGCCAUUUGGGCGGUUCGCUUUUGUGCAGCUACAAUAUCACGGUGGAUGCCCACAGAUGCACUCCGCCGAACAAGAGUAAUGACUAUCAGAAAAUCUACUCGGACUGGUGCCACGAGUUCGAGAAGUACAAAACGGCAAUGAAGUCCUGGGAAAAGAAGCAAGCGCAAUGCUCGACACGGCAGAACUUUAGUAGCAAUCAGCAUCCGAAUGAGAUUUUCCGGAAGCCCAAUGUCUGAUAUCACGAAUCAAGUUUCGCCCUCAAUAUGCCGUCGUCAUCGUCCAAUCAGUUUUAGUAAAUCGAAAUGCGAAGAGGAUCGGUAUCGAAUGCCAAUGAGGAGUAUUAAACGGAGCAUGGAGAACGGACACAUUAUAAUCAUCAUUAUUAUCACCGACAUCAUCAUAGACAUACUUUCUUCAGCAAUGAACGAAAAACAGAAAGCAGAAAACUCUCUUCCUAAAGGAUUAUGCAUUUACCGAGGCAUUUACAAUGCUUUCAUCGACUUAGACUUUAGACAUUAGGGUAUUAUCGCAUGACACAGCUCCUCCCAUAUAUCGAUCGAUCUACUACAUACUCGUACAUAUAAUAAUAAUAAUACUAAACUAUAAAUACGCCAACACCACCACCCAUAGUUAGUUACAACAAUUGAGAUACAUAUUUAAAAAAACAACAAUCAAACAAAAAACUGCCGCAGAAUCGCACAUUCAUAUCGUUAUUUGAAUCUAGACUUUGAUCAGUUUCAUUAUAACAACGUAUAUAGACACAUAUAUUAUCAAAGUUUGUAUCUUUCAAGGCUUACUUAUAAAUAUGGCAAACUAAAUGUAAUCGAAGAAGCAAUGUGAUGUUAAGUUUUGAUAAAUUUAUUAACAGCCUAACUACAUAAUCGCGAUGAACUCCCAAUAUAAAUGUACUAUAAACGACACAUACAAGCAUAAUGAUUGAAUGAUUGAUUGUACACAUGCAUAAGCAUACGUAAUCAGCCCUAAAUCGAAUACAAUUCUAAACUUACGGGAGCGAUCCUUAGAUAAACCUCAAACACAAGCAAUACUCGCCUAACGUGCAUCGACAUAAUUAACUCGAAUCGGUCCAUAGCUUAUAUAUAUAUAUACUAAACGAUAUCUAAAAACUGUUCAUUAAUUAUGUUUUAUGUAUGUGUACUUCAAAGGUCAGUUGAUUAAUCUCGAAACCCAUUUCUACAUCUUGCCCGCAGAUCAACAAUUUUAUUAGAAAGUAUUUCGAUUUUGAUUUCUAGUGUCUUGCACUCUCUUCAGACUAAAUGUACUUAAGGUAAUUUGCAAAAAUCUUUAGUUAUUAAGCGUUUAGUUAUAAUAAAGUGAGACAAAAAACAUUUUAAUAAAAAAAAUAUCUAAAAUUAAAAA